CUGGGCCAUUCUUACUUCUUCCUCGUCGAGAGACGACCUGUUUUGAAUACCGUUUGAUUUACGAGAUGACAAUGAACGGCACAGACGGGAAUUUGCAAAGCCUCGAGGAUGCACUUUCUGCGUUACAAACCAAUUCAGAUUUGUUCUUCAAGAUUAUGAUGGCCUGCAUGAUAUUUUUUAUGCAAUGUGGAUUUGCUUUCUUGGAAGCUGGGUCGGUGAGAAGCAAAAAUACUACCAAUAUUUUGAUCAAGAACUUUUUAGAUGUUUGUAUUGGGAGUGUAUUUUACUGGGCUGUUGGCUACGCGUUCGCUUAUGGCCCUGGUAACAAAUUUAUCGGUACUGAUUGGUUCUUCAUGAAAAACAUGCCCACUGAACAAGUUGACGAUUGGUUCUUUCAGUUUGUCUUCGCUGCCACGGCCGCUACGAUCGUCUCUGGUUCAAUGGCGGAGAGGACGGAGUUUGUAGCUUAUCUCGUCUACAGUGUAAUUCUGACAGGCUUUAUUUAUCCUGUUGUGACGCAUUGGGCAUGGUCUGAUGACGGAUGGUUGACAGAAAUGCCAAACAACGAACACAUUGGAUUUCAGGAUUUCGCGGGAAGUGCAGUUGUUCAUAUAUUGGGCGGUUCUGUGGCUCUAAUCGGUGCAGCGAUGCUUGGUCCACGUAUCGGACGUUUCGAUGAUAACGGUAAAGUAAUACCAAUCCACGGGCACACUGUUCCGCUUGUAGCCUUGGGAGGAUUCAUUCUGUUUUUUGGAUUCCUCGGAUUCAACGGCGGAUCUCAGGGAAGCAUUUCGAAUGCAGGUGAUGGCGUAGUAGUUGCUGAAUCAAUCGUGAAUACCGUAUUGUCUGGUGGAGUCGGCGCCCUAUGUGCGCUGUUCAUUAAGUUAGUGCUUUACAAAGGCAACCUUUGGAGUCUACUGACAACGAUCAAUGGAGGUCUAACAGGAAUGGUUGCUAUCUGUGCCGGCUGUGACGUAGUAGAACCAUGGGGUGCGUUCGUCAUCGGAUUCGUUGCUGGAAUGGUAUUCAUUGUAGUCAGCAACUUGAUGCUUAAAUUCAAAAUUGAUGAUCCACUUGAUGCUGUGGCUGUUCAUAUGGGAGGCGGUUUCUGGGGCAUCAUCGCCGUCACAGUGUUCGCAAGGGACACUGGUAUCGUCUACGCGGGCGACUCGGACUCUUUCUUGCAAUUGCUGUGGAACAUCAUCGGAUCCAUUUCCAUUUUUGCUUGGUCUCUAGUUACAUCUUUGCUGAUGUUUGGGGUUAUGCGUGCUGUAGGCAUUCUCAGAGUUAGCAGUUUAAUUGAGGAAAAAGGCCUAGACAUAGCAAAGCACGGUGAAGCGGCCUACCCAUUAACGGCAUAUGGUCAUGGAUGGGUUAACGUUGUAGAAGUGGAAACUGGAUUGAAUGGCAACACUAAACAAUUUGACACAGUUCCAAAUCAUAUCAGGCGGGAAUCGUAUGCAGGAGGCCUAGACAACACCGGAUACUCUCAAGACGAUGGAAAUAAAGACAAACCUGUUAUGAAUUCGCAAAUAGAAGAGAGCUACGAGAACGUAGCUUCUGAGAGCACUAAUUUCUGAAGAUACACCCACAACUGUUGAUGGCUAAAAUGUCAGAAUUAAAGCGACUAGUUACAGCGAUUUUCAUUUUCUGGGGCACCUGGAAGGUGGAUUGAUGUUUAGUCACAAGUAAUGAAAGCGUAGUUACUUCAAAAAAUCUGGUGGCAUAGCAGCGGUUCCUUCGAAACACGGAGUUCGUUGGCAAUUCUUUCGUUCGUAGCGCAUUGAAACAUCUACUACAUCGAAUUCAAUGAUUUUAUUAAUACCACCACAGCACACACUAUUAUUUUAAUUAUAUAAUCUAUAAUGUUGUUUAGGUGUUGGGAUAGAUGCAAAGGUCAUUAUUAUAUUGUAAUGAUGUAUAGAAUUAUGUUUUUAAUUAUUACUAUAUUAAUUGUAGGCCUACUGAAGAAUAAAUUAUCUAGGCCUAUAGAUGUUUUUAAAAAUAUUAUAUUAUACCAAUUAAUUGUUGUGAUGUGUAACAAACAACGUUGAAAAUAUAUCUUUUACGUAUAAAAAAGGCAUUAUUUCCGUUCUGUACAUUGACUACAGAACACAAAUAUUGAAAAAUCUAGAUGCUUCGAUAUGCCAUUAAGGGCCAUUAUCUGGUAAACUUUCAUAUAAUAUACUAUAUAAAAUUAUUUACAAAAUUAUCGGUAUGCAACUGCAAUAAUAAAUUCGUCUGUAUUGCAUAAAUAAUCAUUGGGCCUAAAUAUUAAGCACUUGAUUUAUAAGCGGCAGGACGAUGAAGGGUUCAGUGGCAGGUUAUAUGCAAGGGGUACAGAAUAUGGGAUGCAUGUUUCAUUGAAACAUCUACAUCGAAUUCAAUGAUUUCCUUAAUGCCACCACAGCAUACAAUGGUUGUUUAUUUUAAUUAUAUAAUAUAUAAUAUAAUGUUCAGUGGUUGGGAUAGAGGCAUAGGUCAUUAUUAUAUUGUAUUAUAUUGUAAUGAUGUAUAGAAUUACGUUUUUAAUUAUAAUAAUUGUAGGCCUACUGAAGAAUAAUAUAUCUAGGCCUAUAGAUGUUUUAAAUAUUACAGUAUACCAAUUAAAUGUUGUGAUGUAUAACAAAA